UCUUUCUACAAUUUUUUAUUCUGUGUUCCAGGACGUCGAGAAAACGUUGUUCCAUUUAUUCGUUGAAUAGGUUAAAUAUUAAUUAUACAGUUUCACGAUGGCCUAAAGAAAGUUGUUUCAUGCGCGAUAACUGUCUCUGUUGACUCGAAGCUAAGGAACAAGGGUUACUUCUCUGCCAUGGUUCACGAGAAAAAACCUGUCAGGCGGAGUAGAUCCAGAGAAAGGGAUAGAGAACGCGAGAGAGAACGUGAGCGACGAGAAACGAGGGAGCGACGGAGAUCGAGAAGCCGAUCCAAGGAUCGGAAGAAGGACAGGAAGCGUUCAAAGUCUCGAGAACGUUCACGCGAGCGAGACAGAUCUCGGGAGAGAGAUUCAGACAGAACGAGAGAACGAGAGCGGUCCAGGGAGAGAGAGAAGUCGAGGGAACGUAAAGAUGGUAAGGAUCGAGGUAAAGAUGAGAAAAAACAUAAACUCAGUCCAAUGUUUUCUGUGGAAGAUGAUGCUAGAAGGGAAAGCAGAAGUGAUGUUAAAAAAAGUGACGAUGAAACAGAGGAAAAACCAAAGUUGCCCGCCAAGGCUGAGCCCCUCAGCUUGGAGGAAUUGUUGGCAAAAAAGAAGGCUGCAGAAGAAGCAAGAGCUAAGCCCAAGUUUUUGAGUAAAGAAGAACGUGCUGCACUAGCUCUGAAAAAAAGACAGGAGGAAGUUGAUUCCAUCAGGAAACGACAGGAAGAAGAAAGGAAAAAUGCUUUUAAAAACGAUGGGCCUAGCACUGGCAAAGACAGGGAUCGUGAAUGGGAUGAUCGAGACAAGCGUAGAGAGGCAGCGCGAUCCAGAGACGACGAGGUCAAAGACAAAGACAAAGAAAAGGAGGUAGAGGCAAUCAAAGAACGCUACUUGGGAUUAAUUAAAAAGAAGCGUAGAGUGAGAAGGUUAAACGAUCGAAAGUUUGUGUUUGAUUGGGACAUUUCCGAGGAUACUUCGGUGGAUUAUAAUAACAUAUACAAGGAACGACACCAGGUGCAAUUUUUUGGUCGUGGAAAUCUUGCUGGAAUUGAUAUAAAGGCACAGAAGCGAGAUCAAAGUAAAUUCUAUGGUGAAUUGUUGGAAAAAAGACGUACUGAUGCUGAAAAAGAACAAGAAAAAAUGCGGCUGAAGAAAGUUAAGAAGAAGGAAGAGAAACAAAAAUGGGAUGAUCGUCACUGGUCUGAGAAAUCAAUUGAGGAAAUGACAGAGAGAGAUUGGCGAAUAUUUCGUGAAGACUAUAAUAUAACAAUAAAAGGUGGCCGCAUUCCUGAUCCCAUACGAUCUUGGAAAGAGUCUGGUUUUCCUAAAGAAAUUUUGGAUAUUAUUGAUAAAGUUGGCUAUAAAGACCUAACGCCAAUUCAAAGACAGGCUAUUCCUAUUGGACUACAAAAUCGAGACAUUAUUGGUGUUGCGGAAACUGGUUCUGGUAAAACGUUGGCUUUCCUAAUUCCCCUGCUCCUUUGGAUUACAAGUCUUCCGAAAAUUGAGAGACUUGAAGAAGCCGACCAAGGACCUUACAGUAUAAUUCUAGCCCCGACUCGUGAAUUGGCCCAGCAGAUUGAAGAGGAAACUAACAAAUUUGGACAACCCCUUGGCAUCAGGGUUGUUGUUGUUGUUGGUGGUCUAUCAAGAGAAGAGCAAGGGUUCAGAUUACGAAUGGGUUGUGAGAUAGUCAUCGCUACCCCUGGUAGAUUGAUAGAUGUCCUGGAGAAUCGAUAUUUGGUUUUGAAUCAGUGCACAUAUAUUGUUCUCGACGAAGCUGAUAGAAUGAUAGACAUGGGAUUUGAACCAGACGUUCAAAAGAUCCUGGAAUACAUGCCGGUGACAAAUUUGAAACCAGACAACGAAGAUGCUGAGAAUGAAGAAAAAUUGUUGGCCAAUUACAAUACUAAGAAAAAAUACCGACAGACUGUGAUGUUCACGGCUACAAUGCCCGCAGCUGUUGAACGACUUGCCAGAACAUAUCUCAGGAGACCUGCUGUCGUCUAUAUCGGCAGCGUCGGAAAACCAACGGAAAGAACAGAGCAAAUAGUUCAUAUAAUGGGAGAGGCAGACAAGAGAAGAAAGCUAAUGGAAAUACUGAGCCGUGGUGUCGAGCCGCCUGUUAUUAUAUUCGUAAACCAAAAGAAGGGUGCCGACGUUUUGGCAAGAGGACUUGAGAAACUUGGGUACAAUGCCUGCACUUUGCAUGGUGGCAAAGGUCAGGAACAAAGAGAAUACGCCCUCGCAUCUCUCAAAGGUGGUAGCAAGGAUAUUUUGGUUGCCACGGAUGUUGCUGGUCGUGGUAUCGACAUCAAAGAUGUAUCAAUGGUUAUAAAUUACGACAUGGCUAAAACUAUCGAAGAUUACACUCAUCGUAUCGGUAGAACCGGACGUGCGGGAAAAGCCGGUCUUGCUAUAUCUUUCUGCACAAAGGACGACAGCCACUUGUUCUACGAUUUAAAACAGACUAUUCUGGGCAGUCCUAUCUCUACGUGCCCACCGGAACUACUCAAUCAUCCCGACGCCCAGCAUAAGCCUGGUACUGUGGUCACCAAGAAGAGGCGGGAAGAGAAGAUAUUUGCAUAAAUGUAUUACGUUUCCUUCUUUAAUGUUUACAAUUCAAUUCAAUCUUUUACAUGUGAUUGAGUCCGUCGAUAAUAUUUUACAAUAAAUUUCAUGUGUACAUUUGCAAUAGA